AUGGCUUCAGACACGGAAACCAUCCGAAUUGGAUAUGUACCAGAACACUAUCUCACUCCUCUUCACCUUGUCCUCCGCUCUCCCGCUGUCGCAUCCCUUCCGUUUAAGAUUUCUAUAGUUCCGUUCCCAUCCGGGACAGGACAUAUGAUCACCUCCCUGCGCGAGAAAGAAAUCGACAUCGCAAUUGGUCUGACUGAAGGCUGGGUUGCUGGUCUGGCUGGAAAACAGCAAGCGCAGAAGGAUGCAGCUUUGGGCGGAUAUAAAGUAGUUGGAGAAUGGGUUGCUACGCCAUUACGGUGGGCUAUUGUCACCGGAAGAGAGAGAAUGGACCUCCAUGAUGUUGUCGACCUGAAGGACAAGCGGGUCGGUGUUAGUCGACUGGGAAGUGGCUCUCACAUCAUGUCGUUUGUCCUUGCCCAGAAGCACGGCUGGAAACCCGAUUCCUUGACUAGCGUCCCAUUGGGACCCUUCCAGGCUCUGCGCAACGGAGUGACUGGGUACGAUCCCUCACACCCGGAGAAGAAUCCUGAACCUACCGCUGAGUUCUUCAUGUGGGAACAUUUCACAACGAAGCCGUACUUCCACCCGACAGCUGAGAAGCCCCAUCCGUCACUCAAGAAAAUCGGAGAAAUCUACACACCGUGGCCGUCUUGGAUGAUCGUGGCGUCAACAGCUGUAUUCCCAGACCCGAAGGUUGAUGGUAAGCUACAACAACUGUUCAAGCUCUUGGACCAAGGUAUCAAGGAUUUCGAGGCCGAUACAGCGCAGGCUGUGAGGCUACUUGGUACUGGAGAGCUGGGAUGUACUUAUGUAGAGGAGGAUGCCACGGAAUGGCUGAAGGAUGUCAAGUUCGUCCAGGGCACAAGAGGCGUAAACCGGAAGAUCAUCGAGGGUGUAGUGGAUGUUCUCAAGGUGGCGGGGGUGAUUGACAGCGCAAUGAGCAAUGAUGAGGCUAUUACACGAGUUGUAGGGGUUCACCGGUAG